GGAGAAUCCGGAGAGUCGGGCCAACGUUGUAUAGACAACGUUAUUAUGUGAUAAAAUACAUUGCUCUGAUCCCCCGGGGAUUUUCUCUUCUCUGAAUAAACCUCUCGAUCACGCCCACAAUGACUGUGCAACCUCCCCAGAAGACCGUGGCCGUCGUCGGCUCUGGCAUGGCCGGUCUGGUUUCCGCGUACCUGUUGCGAAACGACAAGAAACACCGUUUCGAGGUAGAGGUUUUUGAGACGGUACUUUCAUCGCAUUCUAAUUAUAAUUUUUUCCCCUAUGGAAGUUCAUCGGAGUACUAAUUCAGACAUCGUGGUCAUUCGCAGCAAGAUCGAUUGUCUCUCGAUUCCGCCUCGUUCACGGUCCCCGCCGAACCUGAUCGCCAAGCUCCAGCGAAGGACAGGGUUGAUAUGCCCAUGCGCGCUUUCGCUGGUGGCUUCUACGAUAAUUUGCGACGCAUGUAUGAUUACCUUGGCGUCAAGUAUAUAUCUCCUAGGUUCAUAUACGCGUUGUCUGCGUACUCUCAAGAUGAGCCCGAAGGAGAAGCGGCUUCUUACUAUAUACACUCGUCGAAUAACCAUCGUAUGCCGCCAUUGCGGCCAGAGGGGCCUUCACUGGCGGCAUGGAUCUUAGAGAUAUGUUAUCUGGCCUUAUGCUACUACUGGUUUACUGUGUGCUGUUUCCUGGUCACGCCUAAAGCUGGCGACGGGUCUGGAGAGGAGGAUGAAACCCUACGCGAGUACCUGAAGCGGAUCAGGAUACCACAGUACUAUUCCAAGAAAUACUUGCUGCCGCUGAUGUCGAGCGUGACGACAUGCACGCACGAUGCUCUACUUGACUUCCCUGCUAUCGAUAUCGUCGAGUACGAGAGGCGAACGUACGGGAAACCGCAUUACACCGUCAUCGGAGGCGUCCACCAACUCCAAUCCAGGCUUUCCAAGGGACAAAAGGUGAAGUUCGGCGCGACAGUCACGGCGAUUGAAAACGUCAGAACCCAAGUUCAAGUUUCCUGGACAGAUGCAGCAAGUGGCCAGUCGAAUUCGGCGCUAUUCGACUACGUUAUCAUGGCUGUUACUCCUAACGUGGUUGGUGAGAUCUUCCAACCUCUCCGAACAGCCAUGGCCUUCGUACCUACCGUGAAUGUGGAAUCGGUAAUACAUCGCGACUUCACGAGAAUCCAAAGCUGCAGGCAACACUUAAACCAGAUCCUGCAAUCAACUCCUGAACCGACGACGGCGUCUCAUAACUUUACUGCACCCCAACCCAUCCAUAUUUGCUCGGCGCUGGAUUCCCCAGUAACAGAGUCGAUACAUGAGCAUCCUUCAUCGGUCCUCGUGUCGACCUGGCCCAUUGGCCCUAUCGAUCCAACGAAAGUUCUCCACCGUACCAGGUUCGUCCGGGUCUUGCGAACUCCGAAGAGCAGAGAGGUAGUAAAUCGUAUCUUCGCCGUCAACCAUCCACGGUAUUCUGCAGAGACAGAUGACAAGCAGCAGCUCUGGCGGAACGGGGACGGGAACGUCUUCCUUGUUGGCGGCUGGUGUUGGGAUGGAAUGGUCAUGCUGGAGGGUUGUAUUGUUUCGGCUAUAAGGGUGGCAGACAGCCUUGGCGUGGAAGUGCCCUGGGUGGUCAAUUGAGUUCAUGAAACAAGCAGAGAGGGAAAUUUGGGCGUUUUAUGGAGUAAAUUGUGGAUAUACCAAGUCUCUCUCGGUAUUAUACAUAGAUUGUAUAUAAAACAUGCAAUUCAUGAUGCCUUGUUGCCUGAGGUGUGAUUGUGGAUGACUAAGCGAGCCCAUAAGAUCUGCGCGGUGAAAGAAGAAGCUCC